CUUCUCCACUGCAAGUCCUGACGCCACCAUCACCACCAGACAACACGGCACAGAAGGUCCUCUUUCUGCUGGACCAGUAUGGUGUUUUACCACGAACUGGCUCAGGCGGUUCAAGAGUUACCCAGACUCCAUCAUGUCAAGGAUCUGAAGAAAGGAGCUGAAUACUGCUGUUGUACCAGUCCGCCUACACCCUCCCUUCCAUGGCUGCUACCUGCACGUUUGUGCAGCAGUCACCAAUGUUCUCACUUCACU